AUGAGGAUCGCUGUCGAGGGUUGUGCUCAUGGUGAAUUAGAUAUUAUUUACGAAACUAUUCAAGAAAUGGAGAAAGUUGAUAAAAAGAAGAUAGAUUUACUCAUUUGCUGUGGAGAUUUUCAGUCUACAAGAAAUUUAAGCGAUCUGAGCUGUAUGGCAGUACCUGAUAAAUAUAAAAAUAUGUGUACCUUCUAUAAAUAUUAUUCUGGAGAAAAAGUUGCUCCUGUAUUAACAAUUUUUAUUGGAGGCAAUCAUGAAGCAUCAAAUUAUCUUCAAGAACUAUCAUAUGGUGGAUGGGUAGCACCAAAUAUCUAUUAUCUUGGAUAUGCUGGUGUUGUAAAAAUUGGUAAUAUUAGAAUUGCUGGGCUAUCAGGCAUUUAUAAAGGUCAGCACUUGAUGCAAGGCCAUUAUGAAAAGCCACCCUACAAUGAAAAUACAAUUAGAAGUGUGUAUCACACAAGAAAUUUAGAUAUAUUUCGAUUGAAACAGCUCAGUGGCAAUAUCGAUAUUUUCUUAUCUCAUGAUUGGCCAGCAGGAAACAAGAAUUCCUUACUAGUAGGUAUUUCAAUUUUCUUUUAUUGCAGAAGUGACAUUGAAAAUAAUAUGCUUGGUAGUCCACCAAGUAUGGAACUCUUGGAACACCAUUAUCCAAGUUAUUGGUUUGCUGCACACUUACACUGUAAAUUUGCAGCUCUUGUUCCUGAGAAAGAUGGAACAAGAGUAACUAAAUUUUUAGCCCUAGAUAAAUGUCUUCCGAGAAGAAAAUUUCUACAAAUACUUGAAUUAGAGCAUGAUCAAAAUUUACCACUAAAAUUAAAUUAUGAUUUAGAAUGGCUGACAAUAUUAUAUUUGACGAAUCAUUUAUUAAGCGUAAAAAGUGGUAUUCAUUAUAUGCCUGGACAGUAUGGUAACAGUAGAUGGAUAUUCACACCCAGUGCAGAUGAAAAAGAAAACGUUUUGAAAAGAUUUAAUCGCAAUUUAGAAAUUCCAUUAAACUUUAUACAAACCACAAAGCCAUAUAAUCCUGAUGUUUCAGAUGCUUCGAUUGAACCACCAAAAUUAUUAAUAAAUAAUCAAACUACACAACUGAACCAAAUUGUAAGAAAUUUAAACGACGAAAUUAUUCCAUAUAUUCAAAUACACUCUAAAUGCAAUUCAAAUGAUUUAUUCCAGAAUUAAAUCUUUUUAGUUACAACAUUAAUGGAUAAGUUAACACUUAUUUCGGGGACGUUGUUUCUCGCUGCCGAUGUAUUUGCAACUGUCAGUCUUGCUAUGCCUGACUGGAUCAUUACGGAUGUUGGUGGAGAUACUAGAUUAGGGUUAAUGUGGUCUUGUAUAACAUUGUACAAUAGAUCUCAAGUGUGUUACAGUCCAGAUUUAGAGCCAGAAUGGUUGAUGGCUCUUGUGUGCAUUUUCAUUGGUUGCAUUUUAAUAACUGCAACAAUAAUCCUGUUAGCUAGUUCUCAUUGGGAUCGCAAUGUUAUUCCCUAUGCAAGAUGGGUAGGAUUCACAGCUAUGGUAUUAUUUUGCCUAGCAGCAGUUAUAUUUCCAAUGGGCUUUCACAUAGUUCAAAUUGGUGGACAACCAUAUCAAUUACCAAACUCUCACCAAGUUGGUAAUUCUUAUAUUCUUUUUGUUCUAGCUUUGUGGAUUACAGUAAUCUCAGAAUUAUUUGCAGGCAAAGUUUGUCUCCCACAUUUCUAGCAUUUUUCAUUUUUUAAGUGUAUUUCUUACAUAUGCUUGACUGUUGUAGGAUCUAUAAUAUUUAUUCUAACUGUAUAACACAGUAAUUAAUAAAUAUAGUGCA